AUGUCUUCUUGUUUGGAGUUUCAAAAUGUGGCUCGAGAGGAGUUUGGACACAUGGUACAGUACUUACUAAUAACUUUUUGUAUAACUGUUUAUAAAUUUCCUAUGCUCUUAAAACUAUUGACAGCCAUAACCAUGAGAUGUUGGAGGUUUUAGCUAACUUUUCUUUAUUUUAGAUCAAAGGAUCUAUUCAAUUGAAUCAAUCAAAUGCAAAAUUCAGAAACACGUCUAAUGGAGUUGUUAACACCGUUCCUGUAGAUAAAGUGAAGAAAGUGUAUUGGUUAAGAAUGGGUAACAAGUAUGCGUUAAAGUUGAUUGAAUCUAGAGGAACUAUGGUUCGAUUUGUUGGUCUGAAAGAUGAGGAUUUCGGGCGGAUCCAGAGCUUUAUUAAGAACAACUGGCGUAAGGACGUUGAGAAGCAAGAUGUGAGCAUUAAAGGAUGGAAUUACGGUGCAGCCAACAUUAAAGGUAAGUGUCUCAUUGAUUUUGUUUUUAAAUUUUAGUCAAAUAUAUAUUUGGAAAUGGGAAACUAUAAUGAACAUUGUUUUUAGGUCAAAAUUUGGUCUUCAACGUCGAUGGAAGCAUGUGUUUUGAAAUUCCGUUGAGCUCCGUGGCCCAAUGUCCAACUGCUUCUAAAAGUGAAGUUAUUAUGGAGUUUCAGAGUAACGAAGAUACUCCAGUUCAACUAUGCGAACUCCGACUUCAUAAACCAGGAAACCCUGAUGAAAAUGAGGAUGGUGAAGAUCCAGUUGAGGUAUUUUUUUAAAUUUUUUUGUAUAUGGUAAGUUGAAGAAUCAUCGUAAAUUUGUUUAAAAUUAUUCAUUUGAUCGGUUUACAUAUUUCAAAAUAAGGUAUUCGUUUUUUUGUUUUAAAAUAACCAUGAUAAUAUUGUAGAAGUUCCGGCAAGCAAUUUUGGCGUACGUUGAAGGUGACACUGAUCUUCCAUUAGUGGUUUUGCAAGAUAUUUACUGUGCUACGCCUCGUGGAAGAUAUGGCAUCAAAGUAUUCGCGAAUCGAUUGGCUUUCCACGGAAAAUCAUACGAUUAUAAGAUCCUUUUGAGUCAAAUUACGAGAAUGUUCCUUCUUCCUAACAAAGAUCAACGACAUGUGUACUUCGUGUUGAAUAUUGCUCCACCAAUCCGCCAAGGCCAGACCAGAUACUCCUUUAUUGUCAUGGAAUGUUUGGUCGAUGAGGAAGUUACUUUGGAAAUGACUGGAUCAGAGUAUGUUAAUGGUGUUAUAUUAUAUUCUACUUUUUUUAUGGUUUUAAUUAUGUUUUAUUCACGUUUUUUAAAUUGCCAUUUGCAUGUUUUAGCGAACGUUUGGAGAAGUUCUCUACGGUAGAAGAUGGCACCAGGGUCAUUCAAGGGCCGUUGUUUGAAAUUUUGUCAAAGAUCUUCAGAGUUUUGACCGAUGUGCGGAUUACUGUACCAGCUGAUCUUGUUCGGUAAGUCAUAAGCUUUAGCAGGUUAACUUGAGUUUGUUUCUAUCUCAAUACGCUUUGUUUUACUUAUUGAUUAUUUUCAAUUUAUUUUUACAGGCCAUCGAGUUCAGAGCCGACCAUUUCUUGCACAGUAUUCUCGUGUGCCUACAAACAGGCUUCUGGCUUCUUAUAUCCUUUGGAGAAAGGGUUCAUGUACGUCCACAAACCACCAAUGUACAUACGAUUCGAGGAAGUUGACAAUCUUCAUUUUGCUCGUUCUGAUGCAUCUACAAGGUCGUUUGAUUUAGAAAUUGUGCUUCGAAGUGGGUCGGCGUACACGUUCAGUAACAUUGCAAAGUAAAUUUUUGUUCUGUUACUUUUUUAUAUCCACUUUGGCCUUUAUUAUUUCAUUUAAUAAUGUCAUCUUUUUUACUCCUUAAGGAUGCUAUUUACAGUAAUCUUUGCUAAUUUGUUACCUAUUAUAGGGAAGAGUACAAUAAAUUGUUUGACUUUGCCGAAACCAAAGGUCUUAAAAUCAGAAACGCCACCAGGAUCGACUCUAAGAAGUUCAAGGUUGAUGCGUUCGCAGGCUCAGACGAUGAACUUGAUCCUUACAAGGAAGCUCUCAAGGAAGAAGCUGGUGAUGGCGAGGAUUCUGAUUCAGAAGAUGAAGACUUUGAUGUUGAAAAGGCAGCCAAGAAGAGGAAGGCAGAAGCUGAUUCUUCAGAAGGAUCAGGAUCUGAACCUGAUGAAGAAUAUGACAGUUCUGGAUCUGGUUCAGAUGUUAGUGAUGACAUGAUGGAGGACGUGAAGGAAAAGCCCAAGAAAGAAAAGAAGGAGAAGAAAGAGAAAAAGGAAAAGAAAGAGAAGAAGGAAUCCAGUAAGUUUUCUUUAUUAGAUCUUUACUUUGAAGGUUCAGUUUUACGUAAUUUAAAAUUUUAGAAAAAUCAGAAAAAGAAGAAAAGAAGGGCAAAAAGAAGGAUCCAAAUGCUCCAAAAAGACCACAAACCGCCUACUUCUUGUUCUUGGCCGAGCACCGUGCUGAGAUUUCGAAAGAAGUUACUGGAGUUGCUGAAGUUUCCAAAAGAGCUGGUGAAAUGUGGAAAAAAUUGAGCGACGAUGAAAAGAAGGUUAGUUUUUUGUGAGAUGUUUUAUUUAAAGUUGUUAUUGCCAUAGCUUUUACUUAACAUUCCAGUCUUGUAUUUUUCAAUGAAUCUUUUCAGAAGUACCAAGAACAGGCUGAAGAGGCCAAGAAAGAGUACGACAUAAAAAUGAAAGAAUACAAAGCUUCUGGUGGUGGAGCAGCAUCCUCAUCGUCUCCAGCCAAGAAAUCAAAGUCGGCGCCAAAACCCUCGACGAGUAGUCCUCAAAAGGGCAAGAACAAGUCCAGAGAGUUUGUGGAAGAUUCAUCAAAUUCUUCAGAAUCAGAAAAGGAAUCCGACAAAGAUGACAGCGACGAUGAGUAA